AGACGUCUCAUCAGCAACUGUUAUCCGCCUCGACUGCGACACGCAUUUCUGGGGAGGUUGAAAUAGGCUGCUGAAAGUUUUGGACUUCACAUAAAGUUUUAGAAGAGGAUCCACACACAGGGAGUAACAGGUGCGUGAUUUGGAGUCUGGAACAAGAGCGCGGGCAUCUCGGUUUCUCGACAUCCAUAAACUUUUGAGAAGUUUUUAACAGUUGAUGCUUGCCAUAAAGCUUGAAUAAUGGCAAACUCGGGCGUUCAAAUGCUUGGAUUUUCUCUCUCUCUGGUUGGCAUCAUUGGACUCAUCGUGGGCACCGUCCUGCCGCAGUGGAAGAUGUCCGCGUAUGUAGGUGACAGUAUUAUCACAGCUGUCGCCACGUACCAGGGACUGUGGAUGUCGUGCGCUUUUCAGAGCACGGGCCAGCUUCAGUGUAAAAUCUACGACUCCAUCCUACAGUUAGACAGUGAUCUUCAGGCUACCCGUGCGCUAAUGAUUGUGGGUAUUAUUGUAUCCAUUGCUGGACUGGGUGUUGCCUGCAUGGGGAUGAAGUGCACCACUUGUGGAGCAGAUGAUAAAGUUCGCAAGUCUCGAACAGCCAUGACAGGGGGAAUCAUACUGCUAGUGGGAGCCCUUUGUGCAAUUGUUGCCUGCUCAUGGUUUGCCCACAACGUGAUCCGAGCCUUUUACAACCCCUUUACCCCAGUGAACACCAAAUUUGAGUUCGGAGCAGCCAUCUUCAUUGCAUGGGGCGGCUCAUUUCUCGACGUACUUGGGGGAGCUAUGUUGGCUGCCUCUUGCCCUCGAAGUAAACAAGUGUCAAAGUAUCCUAAAAGCAGUCCUGCACGGUCAACCAACGGCAACAAAGAGUAUGUGUGAACAAGACUGCCCCUCACUGGAAAAGGAGAGCAGUUUCAUUAGAGUGAAGGAUUUCUUCAGCAAAUAAAUGGACUGAGCAUGUUGUGUUGUUUUAGAUUGGAGAGACAUUAAGCGACUGUGGAGACAUCAGUGUUUCAAUGAAACACGAGGUUAUUUUCUCUUGGUAAAAUAAGACAUUCAGAUAGCCAGACAGCCUGGUGUUUCUAAAGUGCCCACUAGGGAGCACUACAACCAACAGGCCAAGAAAGUGUUUUUCAAAAUGGAGGAAUUCUCAAUAUUUGUUUUAGAUAAUUAUCCUCUGCGCACCCAGAAUAUAACAUUAUUAACACAGCAUAUAUGUUAAUAUUCAUUAUGUGAUUAAUGUUAAUUAAGUGUUUUACUGUCCUAGGAAAACACUGUCCAUUAUAUUAAACUCAUAUUUUAGUUUACUUAAUAUGUAACAUACCAUUAUACCUUUACUUUCAUUUUUUUAAAUAUCUUGAUAAUGGCAGUGUUAGUUUUCUGUACAGUAUAGUAUAUAUGCACACACACACACACACACACACACACACGUGUAUGCAAAUAUUGUUUACUCACAGCUUAC